AUGAUCUGCGCCGUCUCAAAGAAAAAGUAGAUGCCGGUGCUGAUUUUAUUAUAACUCAAGUGUUCUAUGACGUGGAUUUAUUUUUAACUUGGACUAUCGUUCCCAAAUCUGUUAUUGAUGCAUUAGAACCUAUUAAACAUGAUGAUGCUGCUGUAAAAGAGUAUGGAAUAAAGUUGGCCGUCGAAAUGAUUAGGAAGAUGUAUGAUAAUGGAAUAAGUGGCUUCCAUUUUUAUACAAUGAAUUUAGAAAGGUCUACUAGAUUAAUCUUAGAAGCCUUACAAUUUGUCGCUCCUGUAGAAAAAGUUAAACCAUUACCCUGGUGUCCGUCUCUUUCAGCUAAACGUAAAAAGGAAAAUGUACGCCCCAUAUUUUGGAGAAAUCGCAUUAAAAGUUAUGUUACUCGUACUGAAGCUUGGGAUGAAUUCCCUAAUGGAAGGUGGGGUGAUGCGAGAUCUCCGGAAAAUGCUCUUGAAUUAUGGGGUUCUCCUAAUUCAAUGAAUGAUAUUUAUAACAUAUUUGUGCGAUAUUGUCGUGGUGAGCUAGUUUCUCUCCCUUGGUCCGACCAAUCUCUCGCGCAGGAAACUGAUAUAAUCAAGGAUCAAUUGGCCUAUAUCAAUUCAUUGGGUUAUUUAAGUAUUAAUUCACAGCCUGCCGUUAACGGCGUCCGAAGUGAUCAUAAUGUUUUUGGUUGGGGUCCUAAAAAUGGUUAUGUAUAUCAAAAGAGUGAAGGCCCCAACGCCGUCACGUGGGGCGUUUUUCCCGGUAAAGAGAUAAUUCAGCCAACCAUCGUUGAAGCUGAUGAAGCUUUCGAACUCUGGAAUGAAUGGGCAAAAAUUUAUGAUCCAGACUCAGUAUCUGCAAAGUUGAUUACUCAAAUUGCUGAUAAUUGGUAUUUGAUUAACAUUGUACAUAAUGAUUUUCAUGAUGGUAGUGGCAUUUUUCGCAUUUUUGAACCGGACGGUGUUCCAGAAUUAGUGGAGGCUGAUC